AAACUGAAAAACAUAGAAGUUGGUGCAGUAAAGACAAAAUUAGAUUUUAAGAUUAAAAUAAUGAUUUGCUGAAAAGGAAUAUUUAAAAUAGCUGCUUUUUGAUUAUGGAAUUUUCUUAGAAUUGUCUUUCAAUAUGCAAUGUAAUCUAGAAAAUAGAAUUAGAUUUUCUCGACAUCUCGAAGUAUUUAUACUUGAUGAUGUAAUUAAAUAAAAUAAAAUAAGAACUAAAAAAAAAAUGUAAAAGGAAAUAAAAAGGAUUUGACAACUCUUAAUAGCCAGUUGAAAAAAAAAUGAAUGUUUGUUGGAAGAAAUAGAAUCAAAUUUUUGUUUUAAAAAAUUCUCAAUCGAUUUUCUAUCAAUUCAGAACUGAUUUUCAAUUUGUUCAAACGUCAAUGAAUAAACCAUAAAGCUUUAAUAAUGAUUGAGCUUAUUUGAGAUCGAUUUUCCAAUUUAUAGAAUUUGAAAAAUAACUACAGUGUGAAUAGGUUCUAUAUCUGUUAUGUUGAAUAGACUUACAAAUGAGGGAGAAUUUUAUUUAUUUUUAUUUCAUAAUAUUGAUCAAAUGGUUAAGUUUUGUAAAUUAUAUUUAUAUUAGUCGAAGUCAAUUUGAUAAUACUGCUUUAGAAUAAACAAGUAACAACAAAAAAUGAUAAAUUUUAAAGGAUACUUGAUACGUUCAUGUCCGAAAUGACUUAAAGUUAAUAACCAUGGAGCAAUGGUAAAAAUAUUUAAAUAGAUAUCCAUUAAUUUCAGUAAUUUUUUGCUAUUAUUUUACAUUUUAGAUCGUAGAUUAAGUAGAAAUUUAUGUUCAAAUAUAUGCAUAUAGAUUUCUGUUAUUUUAAGAUAAUCAGUAAUACUGAUAGGAUUAUUUUACCCUUAGGUCGACGUUUAAAAAAUAUAGUGCUUUAGAUUAGAAUAAAGAAAGCUUACUUCUUAUUGGUGUUAUUCAUUUAUGUUAUUAGGCAUUAUAAUAGCUCAAAUGAUAAAAAUAUUUUUUAUUUUGAUAAGAAAUGAAAUUAAUUGAAAAACACCUUUUGUUUUGCAAAAUUUUCAAUAUUAUUAAUAACAGUGAUUUAUUUUUAUUGUAAUUUGUUUAAAAGCAGUAUAUAUUAAAAUAAAAGUAUAUUGUUCAAUCCAUAUUCAAAAACACUAUGAAUUUUAACAAUCUUGAGGGUUUGUCAAACUAUCAUGAUAUCGAUAUUUCAUCUCAACAACGUGACUUUUCUAAUGACACACGUAACGAAUAAGUUUCAAAAGAAAUUAUCUGUUGAAUCAUUUGAAUAGUAUCACAAGAUAAAUGAUUCGUCAUUGAUUAAUCUUUUUUUUUUUUGUAUUGACAUACUUUUAAUUUCUCUCAAACAAUUCUAGAAUGUCUUGAAUUCAUACUUCAAGAAUUAAAUAUGUCAACCGUUUAAUUAUUGAAUACAUGGUAGAUUUUUGUAAACAACGAAUUGACAUAAAUAAAAAGUAAUAAAGAAGUUUCUAUAGUAUUAUAACGAUCAAGUCAAACGAGAAUAUAUAUAUAUAUUUAUGUAAAGAAAACGACAAUAUCUUUGUUAAUAAAAACGAUCACUGAUCUUAGAAGGAUAAAACAAAAUAAAUCUACAAUCAAAAACGAAGAAUUAGUGAAAGCAUUUGAUUUAUUCGUUAAUAUAGUAAUCGAUUAUAUUAAAUCUUAUUUCGAUGACGACAGUGAAUUUUAUGAAAAGUUAUAAUUUUUUAAUGUUCAAUUCAGAUAGAUGAUUUAGAUAAGGAUCAAUUGUAUAGUGAAUUUUGUGAUAUUAAAUGUUUGUAUGAUAAUUUGAACAGGAAAAACAUAAAAUUACGUGAUCAAGUCAAAUCAUUCAUCUCGAGUAAAAGAAUUAAUUUUUCAGCAUCCAAAAGUAGUCAUCAUAGUGUUGUAUGUGAUGAUGAUGAUAGUGACAAAGAAGAAGUUAUUUCGUCGUCAAAAAACCAAGACGAAGAUUUGAUUAGAUCUGAUAAAUUAUGGGCUUAUCAAUUAAAUAUCAAUCCAAAUUAA